UGUGGCUUGUGGUGUUGUGAAUUUGAUUUUUCAGUGGCCCAGAAAGACGCAAAGAUAGACGCGGUGUGGGGUUGGGCAUCUGCCCCGCUGCGCUUAGCAGCGAAUCGUAUGGGUGACCCGUUGUUGCCGGGUGCUAAUGGCGGUGCGGGCGCUACAGCCGGUGCUGGUGGCGUUGAUCGUCCACAAUCACCGGCUCGUAUGGCCCACACCUCCGACAAACACCCCAAGGUUACCCUAUCCGAAUUGAAUAUGCUGCGGCGGCAUCGUGAACUUUGCGAUGUUGUCCUCAAUGUUGGUGGCCGGAAAAUAUUUGCCCAUCGUGUUAUAUUGUCGGCAUGUUCACCAUAUUUUCGUGCCAUGUUCACCGGCGAAUUAGAGGAAUCUCGACAAACUGAAGUCACAAUACGUGAUAUCGACGAAAAUGCCAUGGAACUACUGAUCGAUUUCUGUUAUACCGCCCAUAUUGUUGUCGAAGAAUCGAAUGUUCAGACAUUGCUGCCGGCAGCUUGUUUGCUACAGCUAGUCGAAAUUCAGGAUAUAUGCUGUGAAUUUUUGAAACGACAAUUGGAUCCGACAAAUUGUUUGGGUAUACGAGCCUUUGCCGAUACACAUUCGUGUCGUGAACUGUUGCGCAUUGCCGAUAAAUUCACACAGCAUAAUUUUCAAGAGGUCAUGGAGAGUGAAGAAUUCCUAUUGUUGCCCGUGGGGCAAUUGGUCGAUAUUAUAUGCAGCGAUGAAUUGAAUGUGCGAUCGGAGGAGCAGGUAUUUAAUGCCGUUAUGUCAUGGCUUAAAUAUAAUAUUGCCGAUCGGAGACAACAUUUAGCUCAGGUCCUACAACAUGUCCGUCUUCCAUUAUUGUCACCGAAAUUUCUGGUCGGUACCGUUGGCUCUGACCUGCUGGUCCGCUCCGACGAGGCUUGCCGUGAUUUAGUCGACGAGGCCAAAAAUUAUCUCCUGCUUCCACAAGAACGUCCCCUAAUGCAGGGACCACGUACCCGUCCCCGUAAACCCACCCGCCGUGGCGAAGUUCUCUUUGCCGUUGGCGGUUGGUGUUCUGGCGAUGCCAUAGCCUCGGUGGAACGUUUUGAUCCUCAAACAAAUGACUGGAAAAUGGUGGCACCCAUGAGUAAGAGACGUUGUGGUGUUGGUGUUGCCGUACUCAAUGAUUUGCUCUAUGCCGUCGGUGGCCAUGAUGGGCAAAGUUAUUUGAAUAGCAUUGAACGGUAUGAUCCACAAACGAAUCAAUGGUCAUGUGAUGUGGCACCGACCACAUCGUGUCGCACCAGUGUUGGUGUGGCCGUACUCGAUGGUUUCCUAUAUGCUGUCGGUGGACAAGAUGGUGUACAGUGUUUGAAUCAUGUUGAACGUUAUGAUCCCAAAGAGAAUAAAUGGUCGAAGGUGGCUCCCAUGACUACACGCCGUUUGGGCGUUGCUGUUGCCGUUUUAGGUGGUUAUUUAUAUGCCAUUGGUGGUUCGGAUGGCCAGUGUCCUUUGAAUACCGUUGAACGUUAUGAUCCAAGACAAAACAAAUGGGUUGCUGUCAGUCCCAUGUCAACACGUCGCAAACAUUUAGGCUGUGCCGUUUUCAAUAAUUACAUUUAUGCCGUUGGUGGCCGUGAUGAUUGCAUGGAAUUGUCAUCGGCCGAACGUUAUAAUCCCCACACGAAUACAUGGAGUCCAAUUGUGGCAAUGACAUCGCGACGCAGUGGUGUCGGCUUAGCCGUCGUCAAUGGUCAACUAUAUGCUGUUGGCGGUUUUGAUGGUUCCGCCUAUUUGAAAACCAUUGAAGUUUACGAUACAGAGACAAAUCAAUGGCGCCUAUGUGGCUGCAUGAAUUAUCGCCGUUUGGGCGGUGGUGUUGGUGUCAUGAGAGCACCACAAACUGAAAAUUAUAUGUGGAUACGCAAAGACUCUGUUGUAUGAUUGGGAAUGGAUAGUAGUAGUACGA